AUGGACGAAAGCGAUGAUCCGCGUUAUAUGGAGCUGGGCUCUCUCGAGGCUAUAUACCCUGAGAUUCGUCGGCCUGACGCAAAAGACCCCUUCACCUUUGAGAUAGAUCUCCCUGUUGAGCCUGCCGCUCCAGUUACUGUUACUUUCCCAGCAGCAUCUGCGCCCUCUCACCCAGGACUUGCGACUUCUGUUCAAGCGGCUGAGAAUGGCCAUCCUGAAGUUGACUCACUGGAGGUCUCUUACCUCCCGUCUUUGCGGUUGAGAGUCCGUCUUCCUGAGGGCUACCCUGUAGACGUUCCGCCCGAAAUCCAGGUUUCGACAACACCGCAAUGGUUAACAAGAAAAACUAUUGAAGUGCUUCAGGACGACGGGCCGCGUUUGUGGGAUGAGAUUGGUCGUGAUAUGGUUGCCUUUACAUAUAUCGAUCACAUCCAGCGUGCCGCUGAGAAUGUCUUUGGCACUAUCAGCCCCGAUGGAACCCUGCAGGUCGAUUCAGAGCACAAACUUGCAGUGUUGGACCAUGAUAUCAAAGCCAAAAAGGCCGCUUUCGAGAAGGAGACAUUUGAUUGCGGUAUCUGCCUCGAUCCCAAAAAGGGCACCAAGUGUCACAAGAUGCUUGACUGCGGCCACAUCUUCUGUAUACAGUGUUUGCAGGACUUUUACAAUGAUGCUAUAAACGAGGGAAAUCUCUCUGUUGUUCGAUGUCUAAGUCCCAACUGCGCGAAGGAACGCGCAGCAUCUCAGGAGACGAAGAAAGCCAAAGUCGCCGUCAGUCCCAGCGAGCUUCUUCAGAUUGGGCUCUCUGAGGAUAUGGUCAAGCGAUAUGUCACACUAAAGUACAAGACAGAGCUCGAGUCUGAUAAAAAUACGAUAUACUGUCCCCGGCAGUGGUGUAACGGAGCAGCCCGGUCUAAGCGUCACAAGAAGCCAGAAGGGCUGGACUUCGCCGAGACGUCUGGUGGUGAAUCAGGUAAAGAGGAGGAAGAGAAGGAAGAUGAUGGUAGCGUGAAGACGAAAAAGAAGACGACUAAGGACAGGUUCAACAAAGCUGAUCUCCUGGCCAUAUGUGAAGACUGUGGUUUCGCCUUUUGCGGCCAGUGCUACCAGUCAUGGCAUGGAGAGUUUGUCCGCUGCGCACCACGACGCGACAAGGGAGAGGUUAGCGAGGAGGAAAAGGCAUCGCUUGAGUAUCUCCAGCUUCACACCAGUCCAUGCCCGACAUGCAACGCUCCCGCGCAAAAGACACACGGCUGCAAUCACAUGAUCUGCUCACGAUGCGACACUCACUUCUGCUAUCUAUGCUCCUCGUGGCUCGAUCCCGUGAACCCUUACCAGCACUACAAUCAACUUGCCGGCGGCAAGGUUACGUCUUGUUAUAUGCGACUAUGGGAGCUUGAGGGUGGCGAUGGUGACGACGUUGGCUUGGGGUUCAUAGGCGGCCGCGGCCCAGCAGCGAACCCUCCACCGGCCUUUGAUGAUAUUGAGCUCCUACCGGAAGUUAUCGAGUCCGAUGACAGCGACGACGAGGGCGAAAUCAACGCCCAGAAUAACAAUAGACAUCUUGGCGGCCAAGGUCAGGGCAUCGAGAUAGCCCGUGAAGGACCCCUCGUUAUCAGGCUCGUUGACAACCAAGCUCGAGACGGCCGCAGAGCCAUUCCUCCCGCAGCUCCGGACGCACCGCAACAACCUGCGGGCCGUGGACAUCACGGCCCACCUCGGGGUGCAGCGGGUCGAGGCCGCGGCGCAAGAGGGGGAAGAGGAGGAGCAGCGGCGGCGGUAGCGGCAGUGAGAGGGAGAGGUGUAGGGCCCCGUGGCGGAGGAGGACCUGCUGCUAAUCGUCAACGCGGAAACCCGAGACAACCUCAACUCCCACAGGCGGCGCUGGACCAGGAUGAGAACAACCAAGCCGGCCUUGAUCCAGCACAGGAGGCUUGGGUUCGUCGGUUUGUACAGAUGGCCCUUAAUGACGAGGAGGAUCUUGUCGAGGGCGACUCGGAUGACGAUGAUGGUAAUUGGAUUAUUCGAUGA